CCAACACAGCGAUAUAUCUAGAAGUGUUUACAUGCUGUUUACAUGUAACUGAAACCAGCCUGAGACAUUCAUUAAACCUCCCGGAUCCUCAACCAUCAAUUUCGACCACACUGACUCAGUGGUUACAAGUCCAGAGCAGGCCCGGACCUUGACGUGGUUAGUAUGUCUGUAUCAGUUUGGAUUGUUGCCUUACUGGUCGUGGUAGGAAGAGUUGAAGGGUUCGGUGAUGGCGCACCUUUGGGAUCUUGCCUAACAUUUUUCCCAAAACAUGAUUACGCCAAAAAGCAAAUGGGGACCUCCCCCUUUCAGAUAGAACUAUCAGCGUCCUCGUUCAUGCCUUCUCAAGAAAUAGACGUGACCUUGAUGGCACCUAGUGGUGAAACUUUUGUUGGAUUUAUGCUGAACGUACAUCGACAAGCCGGGGAUACGGAAGAACUACUUGGCAGAUUUACAAGUGUCCCGGCGGACGGCACAAAGGCAGUGAACUGUAUUGGCGGAUUGGAGAAUAUGGUUACUCAUACAGACAACAGGCAACGAAAACAACUGACGUUCACAUGGAAAGCUCCGACAUAUGAAGUUGGUAAUGUCACAUUCAGAGCAGCGUUUGUGAAGUCAUUUAAAGUGUUCUGGACGGAUGUUACACAGGAUCUCCAUUCACAAACACCUACAAAACAGACUGUCGUCAAUGAGAUUCAAGCCAAUGAGGUGCGUAUUAACUACGAUGACUGUGGUAAAACUAUGGGUUGUUUAUUGUACCCAAAAUACUGCAGUGGCCAAGACUGUGAUGUAGGACUGACGUACACGAUCAACCACCUUAACGCUACGUUCACUUUCUGGGCGAAAACAACAACCCAAAGUUAUGUAUCCGUUGGCUUCUCCGAUGACCGACUUAUGGGAAAGGACGAAACCAUAUCAUGUACCUAUGACGGUAACAUUGUGACGUUUCAACAUGGGAACAAUCCGAGAUACCAUAACCAGCGGCAAUAUAAGAGAGACCAGUUGAGUGACAUGCACAGCACUUAUUUAGACGGGAAGAUGUACUGUGCAUUUACCCGCCCUCAUGUCAUGAACGUCACCGAGUACAGUUCAAAGAUUACAACCUAUGACCUUAAUGACCCUUACUAUGUCAUGGUAGCCUGGGGACAUGUUUAUGAAGGUACAGACGUGAUGGGUAAGCACCAGGAACUCCCAGUGACCUCACUUAACCUGGUACAAUUUAACAAGUAUGUCAUUCACCGUGGAGAAGCCUUGCCACUGCUUACUCAAGUCCACGGAAUUCUGAUGCUCGUCGCUUGGAUCAUGUUUGGCGGUUUGACAACUGUGAUAGCAAGAUAUUACAAACCAAUUUUCCCAGGAAAGCAAGUCUGUGGCACAUCUGUCUGGUUUCAGAUGCACAGAGCGGCAGCCAUUGUUGCAUUCGUCCUGACAGCGGUUUCAUUCAUCAUCAUCUUCGUGAAAGUAAACGGCCUGACAAAUGAUACCGAACUUCACGGCUGGCUAGGUAUAGCAGUUAUGUCAGGAAUAACGCUGCAACUAUUUGGUGGACUGUUGCGACCCGACCAAUCAAGCAAUUACAGAAAUAUUUUCAAUUGGGGUCACUGGUUUCUGGGAAAAGCGAUUUUUCUCGUAGCAGUCGUGUCUUGUUUCGUGUUAUUCAACACCGGAUUCCUGCCUCAGGUCCAGGAGACAUUCGGUAACAUCCUGACAGCUUUGUGGAUUAGUCUUCAAGUCAUCUGGGAAAUAGUUUUUGAAGUUUACAAACGUAGAAGACUUGGAGAGGACAACAAACUGGGAGAAUUAUCGUCAUCAACACCAAACCUGCUUCUGAUAUUAUACAUGGCUACCCUAUUGGCGUUAGUCGUCCUGGCCUUUUUAUCGGUUUUCUUUUUUUGACUUUCGAAUGAUAACAUUAUAUCGCUAAUUGGUAAAGAUAACAAUUGAAAGUCGGAAGGAAAAUUUUCAUUUGACCAUUUGCCAUUGUCGUUUCUUGAAAACUUAAAUUACUAACCCUCUUUGAUAUUAGUUUGGGUCAGAAAAAUUUUAUGAGGUCAUGUGCCCAGAUGAACACGGAAAAAGAAUAUAAAUGGGAAUUAAAGACCACCAGACCACUAGUGUCUGUGAGAAGCCUCAUGAGUAAACACAUCAUGAUUAUACAUAUAUCUACAAUUAUGUAUUUCCCCUUUGAAAAGAGAUUGUUGUCAAACUGGAUUAUGUAAGUUUAGAAGUAAAUGUAAAGAAAUUAGUGUAUAUAUAAUAUAAUAUCUGUUGUAAUCAAUUCAGUAAUAUCAGACUAGCAAUUAUUUCAGGCGAUUAACGCACCUUUCAAUACCUCAUCGGACGUUUGUAUAAGAACACGUUUGUAAUCGAUGAAAAUGUAGCACACUAUUGCCUUCUUGAACAUAAACCAUAUUUUUCAUGUUUUAGAAAAUUGUUUUAUGCUACUUGUCAUCAUAUCAGAAAGCAUUAUUUGUAUUUACCAGAAUGGAAUAUAAGUACAUUUAUUAAUAAUAUACAGUCUGAACAUAUUCUAUAAUUUUUUCCUUGAACGUCAUGUAACAUAUUACAGUGUCAGUAGUGAACUAUCAGUUUAUGUACUUAAACUCGAAUCUUGGUAUAUAACUCAACGGGUUAGAAAAAUACUAGCACUAGUCUUUUUUAAGAUGUUUAAGAUGAGAAAAUUUUGACGAAUUCUGAAAAGAGAUGCACAUAUACGAGGUACGAAUAAAUUAUGUAUAUAUUUAUUAUUAUGUACAAACCAUCCAUAUUUGCGAUAAAGGCAGUUUUUAUGUAAA